AUGUUGUCCGCAACCUCUCUGCAGAUCCUUGCGGCGGCUUUGUUUACGCCGAGCCUCGUUGCCGGCAAGGCGUAUACCCUGACGGAUAACUUCCAAGGCAACGACUUCCUUAACUCGAACAACUUCGAGUUCAUCACCGAGGAUCCGUCGGGUGGCUAUGUCAACUACGUAAACAGCGCAGCUGCACAGAGUGAAGGGUUAGUCUCCGUCUCUGGGACCAGCUUCAAGAUGGGCGUGGACUACCAGAAGGUUCCCUCAGCCUCAGCAUCCGGUCGUGAUUCAGUUCGCCUUCAGUCUAUCAAGCAGUGGGAGUACCAUGUAUCUAUCUACAACGUCGCGCACAUGCCGACGGGAUGCGGAACUUGGCCUGCUCUCUGGGAGGUCGGCACCAGCUGGGAGACUGAUGGUGAGAUUGAUAUCCUCGAGGGAGUGAAUGACCAGACUGCUCCUUGCACAAUGCCAAGCGGUCGCGACGAGACUGGUUUCGAAAACAACAAUGUAUGCGACCAUACAACGAGCGACAGCGGAUGCUCCGUUGGUCUGACUGAAACAGACAAUUAUGGCGUUGGCUUCAACGAGAAUGGUGGCGGCUUCUACGCCAUGGAGCAAACACCCGACUUCAUCAAGGUCUGGUUCUUCCCGCGUUCAUCCUCGGCCAUCCCGUCAGAUGUGUUGAACGGUGCAAGUAGCAUCAACACUGACAACUGGGGCACGCCGAGCGCUUACUUCCCGAACACCGACUGCGAUAUUGAAUCACACUUCCACGCUCGCAACAUCCUCAUGAACGUCGACCUCUGUGGCGGUUGGGUUGAGAGCGAGUUUGAGGCUGAUGGCUGUGGCACUGGUACCUGCACGGACUGGGUCCAGAACAACCCUUCGGCGUUCCAGAACGCGUACUUCGACAUCAACUGGGUUAAGGUCUUCCAGUAA